AACUGACGUCAGGUCUGCACACCUCAACAAAAAAUAAAACAUUCACAUAAACUACACUAGAGCGCGCCAAAGUAAAAGUGUUUGGUUAUAACAGUUAAAUCCCGAGUUUUGUUUCAGCUGAUUGUGGAACAGCGCCGCUGGUUCAAACCGAGCCCACGGCGGCAUUUAUUUCGGUUUGUUUGCUGAUGCUGGAGCGGCAAGCUUAACUCGAUCCAAAAUGUCCAUAUCAGCGAGAUCAGCGCUCGUCCUCUUCCCAACGCGUCUGCAGCCAUGGACCGGACUGAACAACCUGAAAAGCCCUGCAGUGUGUUGCCAGAGGAAGAAGUCUUCACAUACUCCUCCUCCUGCUAAAUACGGAGGCAGACACACGGUGACUUUGAUCCCUGGUGAUGGUAUUGGACCAGAACUGCUGAACCACGUCAGAGAGCUUUUCAGAUUCUGCUGUGUGCCAGUGGAUUUUGAGAUUGUCAGGGUGGAUUCGUCUGCUUCCUCUGAGGAUGACAUUAAUAAUGCGGUUACUGCAAUCAAACGUAAUGGAGUAGCACUUAAGGGUAACAUGGAGACUAAUCACAACCUUCCUCCAUCUCAUAAAUCCAGGAACAAUUUGCUUCGCACAUCUUUAGACCUGUAUGCUAAUAUCAUGCACUGUCAGUCUCUUCCUGGCGUCCCGACCCGCCACAAAGACAUUGAUGUGAUCAUCAUUAGGGAGAACACCGAAGGAGAGUACAGCAGCUUGGAGCAUGAGAAUGUUUCAGGGGUGGUGGAGUGUCUGAAGAUCAUAACGCGUGUGAAGUCAUUGCGGAUCGCUGAGUAUGCCUUUAACUUGGCCAGAGAGAAAGGCCGCCGCAAGGUCACGGCAGUACAUAAAGCUAAUAUCAUGAAGCUUGGCGAUGGCCUUUUCCUGCAGUGCUGUAAAGAGGUGGCGGCUGGAUAUCCUGAUAUCACAUUUGAUAACAUGAUUGUGGACAAUACCACCAUGCAGCUGGUCUCUAAGCCCCAGCAGUUUGAUGUGAUGGUGAUGCCUAAUCUCUAUGGAAAUGUGGUGAGCAAUGUGUGCGCUGGACUUGUUGGAGGUCCAGGUCUGGUACCAGGAGUCAACUACGGCAAGGACUACGCUGUUUUUGAGACCGCCACUAGGAACACUGGGAAAAGCAUUGCUAACAAGAAUAUUGCAAACCCCACGGCCACACUGCUGGCCAGCUGCCUGAUGCUGGACCACUUAAAGCUUCAUGCAUACGCCAAGAUGAUUCGAAAGGCAGUUCUGAGAACUUUGUCUGAAACUCAGUUGCAGACUGUUGACUUGGGAGGUCAGGGUACUACAUCUGAGGUGGUCUACUCUAUUAUGCAGGAGAUCCAGAGAGGAGGACCGCGCACAACAGAACAGAUCUGAACUUCAUUUCUGCAGGUUCUUGACCCUCACACACACCUCUAGCUCACAGAGAACACAGAAACGAUCUAAUGCUUUUGUCAAACACAGGACGCACGGUGAAUUCUUUAAUGAAAAGAUGCUACUAGUGUGUUGAAAUAGUGUAUAUUUUUCUUUUGUAAUCUAUAAAUCUAUAUAUCUAGUGGUAUAAAUGUUUCUGAUGUGAUUUAUCCGUUAUGAUCAAGUUGAGUUAAGGCCUUUAUCUGAACUGGACUGGGCUGCUGUGUAUUUCAUUUCAUACCCAACAGGUUCUGUAUUGAAGUUUUCAUCUUAUUAAUUUAUUAUUUAUUGCCUGUUGUUAAUUGAUGAUGCACCAAACACUUUCAUGAAUAAAUGUCUAUUACUUCAUCAAACUUCAUGCCUCCUAAGACAUGUUCAAAGUGAAAUAGACAGUAUGAUUGGUUUAACGGACAAACAUUUUCCAAUAGGUGGCACUAAAAUGCUGCACUUCGGCUUUAUCAAAUUUGAAUGCUUUUUGACAUUUGGUUAUGAGUAUUAUAAAAAGUUAUGACUGCUGUAGUGCAAAAAGUGAAAUAUAUUACAUGUAAUGUUUACUUUCAGCGCAAGUGACUGUUUGCAGAAUGUUUUUUCAUUAAAAAAGAAUGCAUUUAUACACUUUAAAAUAUAAACUAAACUCUUAUUUAUAAAUAAAUUUUGACAUGGCAUUUGAGUGUUUCCAUCUUUG